AUGACCCUGGCUCCGAGAACCGACACGGCCAAGAGCAUCUACCCCAUUCCUAAACCGAACAAACUGGCCGACAGAAUUCACCACUGCGCUAAAUCAAGCUCGACGCUGCAGCGACAGAUGCGAUUUGAGAGCGACCCAAGGACCUUCUCCGCACUCACGAAACUUAUCCGCAAGACGGCCGCGUCCUAUACCGACCUCACGCUCCCGUACAAAUGGCAGGACCCGCAAACCCUGGAUGAUAUCAGGGACGAUGUGCUCCAGCAAUGCCCUACGCUUGAAGAGAUGUACGUCGACGCGUGGCCGGUCUACUCGUAUCUCCAACUCGCAAUGAAGCAACACGCGCUAGGGUAUGGGUACAAGAUGGUACCGGGGUUGAGUACGAGCACAGCGAGUACCAAGAGCUCUGACGUUCGUCGUAAUUUCCCCGACCACCCGGUAUCGGAAUCGUCCAAACGCGUGACUACGGAGCCUGAACAAACGCCCUCGACUUCGACUGCAGCGGCACCUUCGAGCAACUCCCCUGCAAGAAGAUCCCUUGGCAUGGAACUAAGCUGGGCGGGGUCGACCAGCGACAAGACGACUGUUCCUACCAAGACACCAAACAUAUCACGCGGCAUUGAGGCAGGUGAGGAGGAGGGAGAGGAUGAAGAGGAGGCUGACGAGCUGGUGGAUGAGCUGUACGAUAUAUCAAGCUCCGGGAGCGAGAAGCUCGCCGAUCCUACGUACGAAGACCCCGGCAAUGUCAGCGAGGAGUCCAGCACGUCGGAGGAGGGCCCGCUCUCGCAGUGGCCCAAGAGUACCGGUUUUCCUGCCUUCAACUUUGCACGCGAUAUCCUCUGCCUGAGCGAUCAACGCGUACGCGACUCCGAGGACGAUGCCUACAGUGCCAUAGGAUCUGUGUACUACACCCCUUACCAAGGACGCACUCCGUCCGCGGACGGUCCCUUCGACAAGGCCACAACACCGACGACAGGCAGAACGAUGGUCACGCCUCCGAGUAUCUCCCAGCCGUCACCCGUACCCGAGCCCUCCCCGGGUGUCGUUCGUUCAUCGAUCCCACCGCAUGCGUCCACCUCCCAGUCCGCCGUCGGUGUGAUCGAAAACAUGCUCCUCGCGCGCGGCCUGCCUUCCGCGGACGCGCAGCGCAUCACCCUACUCUUCGAGGCCCUGGGAAUCACGGACGAGACGUAUUUGCGAGUGUUCGCGCGUCUGGAUACGUCUCGCAAGGCGUGGAUAUCCGCGAUGCGUGAGAAGGGAGAGAUGAGCGAGAUCCAGGCGUGGGUUGUGGUCGACAUGCUAGAUGCCGUGAUCAGGGACUGA